AUGGACCUCGACCUUAUCAUCAAAAAUGCAACGAUCGUAACAUCGACGGAAGUUCUCCCACCAGGUCUUAGUAUCGGCAUACAGGGCAGCAAAAUCGUCGCCAUCGCUCUGUCCCUUCCAUGCUCGCCAUCAACACGUGUCAUCGACGCGGAGGGCGCAUACGUAACUCCUGGGGGCGUGGACUCACACGUCCACCUGCACCAGGACAACGCGCCCACUGGGGACAAAUGGUUGAGUGGCAGCCGGUCGGCACUCUGUGGAGGGAACACGACUAUCCUCGCGUUCGCCACGCAGCAGCGCACCGACGAGAGUCUCUUCCCUGUUGUGCGUGACUAUCACGCCAGAGCUGCAGGGCAGAGUUUCGUGGACUAUGGGUUUCAUCUGAUCGUCUCGCGGCCCGGGCCUCAUAUCUUAGGCGGCCGUGUGGCGAGAGAGAAGAUGGACAAGGAGGCGAAUGUGGACGAUUCAGAGGAUGACAAUGAAGGCGAGUUGAAAACCAUGGUCGAGCAAGAAGGCAUCACGAGCGUCAAGCUCUACAUGACCUAUCCGGCAUAUCGACUGGGUGACCGCGAGAUGUUGGACGUUAUGAUGAAGUGUCGUGAGGUGGGCAUGACGGUCAUGGUGCACGCUGAGAAUGCUGAUAUGAUUGACAUGAUCACAACCCGCCUCCUCUCAUCCUCCCACACUCAGCCCAAAUACCACGCCGUGGCGCGGCCCCAGAUCGCAGAGACAGAAGCCACCUACCGCGUCAUCUCGCUGUCCACGCUCACCGCAACCCCGAUCCUGAUCGUCCACAUGUCCAGCCCCGCGGCGCUAUCACACGCCCGCAAAGCCCAAUCCAAGCAGAUGCUGCCCAUCCACGCGGAGACCUGUCCGCACUACAUGUUCCUGAAGAGCGACCGGCUAGCCGCGACGAGUCACCCGUUUGACGGGCACCAGCACUCCGACUCCCCCGCCCCCGAAGGGAUAGACGACAACGAACAAGUUGACGAAUGGGCCGGUGCACGGCACAUUUGUGCCCCACCCCUCCGCCACGACGACAAGGACCUCCAAUCCGUCUGGGACGCCGUCACCAACGGCACCAUCACCGUGAUUUCGUCCGACCACGCGCCCAGCCAAUACCACAACCCGCUAGGCAAGAAGAAACCCCUCGACGAGUAUGAAUCCGGAAAGACGACCGUCAAGCCCAGCUUCGCCAACACGCCCAACGGCCUCCCCGGGAUCGAGACGCGGCUGCCGCUUUUGUUUUCUGCGGCGACCGAUCCCUCCGUGACUUCCAGCGCCACCCGAACACUUACGCUCCCCAAGUUCGUCGCGCUAACGAGCACGAACCCCGCGCGCAUGUACGGCCUCGCGGGCCGCAAGGGCUCCAUCGCCCCCGGGUAUGACGCCGACUUGGUCGUGUGGUAUCCGACGUCUCGGCGUGGAGCUGGAGAAGGCGCGUCACGGGAUGAGUGGCCCAUCGCUAUCACCAACGACAUGCUCCAUCACAGCAUCGAUUACACGCCGUUCGAGGGCUUUCGGGUGACAAACUGGCCCAGGUAUGUCCUGUUGAGGGGCCAGGUCAAGUGGAAUCGAGAGUUGGAAGUAAAGCAGGGUCCGGGGCAAGGUAUCCUCGGCCGGCCUGGGGAUGGGGUGUUUUUGAAGAGAAACAAGGGUGAAGUCCUUGUCGGAAGGGCGGGCGGGGAGCCUGAGGGGAUGAGAAUGGGGGAGAGGGAGAGUUGGAUGUGA